AGAAACAAGAUACAUUUUUUUCUUCUUUGUUUUUCAAGUCAACUGAUCAAAAAUGAAAAUCAAAAUUAGCCUCUAUUUCAUCUCAUAUGAUCUAUAUAGUUGGUCUCCUUCUUCAAGCUCGGAAGAAAUUAAAAAAACCAUAUAUUUACAGAUCUAAUGUCAAAGGAGACGAAACCUAAAGUCGUGUGUUGUAUUGGCGACAUCCAUGGAUACUUCACCAAGCUUCAGAAGCUAUGGCGAAACCUCGAGUUGACGAUCGGGGCCUCCGACUUCGCUUCCGCUACCGUCAUCUUCUUGGGAGAUUACUGCGACAGAGGGCCGAAUUCUCGAGAAGUGAUUGAAUUCUUGGUCUCACUGCCUUCCAGGUAUCCAAAGCAGAAGCAAGUAUUUCUGUCAGGGAAUCACGAGUUUGGGUUAGCAGGGUUCCUAGGGCUCGUGGGAGCUCCGUCGAACGAGUCGGGGUUCGAGUCGACAUGGGAGGGGUUCGAGGAGAGGGAGGAGGAAGAAGGAUGGUACAAGGGGGAGGGGUAUGAGAAUAUGCAUUUGCAAGCAAGAAUGUGGGGUGGGACUACAAGGGAGAGAUUUGAUGCAUAUGGAAUUGAAUUUAUGGGCUCAGUUUAUGAUGCUGCACCAACAUUUGAGUCCUAUGGUGUUCCUCAUGGAUCUCCUGAUUUGAUGAAGGCAGUACCUGAUGAACAUAAGAAGUUCCUUUCCAAUCUGGUUUGGGUUCAUGAAGAAGAUGAUGUGUGUUUGGAGACAAAAGAUGGCAUAAAGAACUGCAGAUUGAUAGCAGUCCAUGCAGGUUUAGAGGAAGGGAAAGAUGUUGAAGAGCAACUCAAGUUUUUGAAAGCCAAAGAAACCAAAUUUCCCAAAAUAAUGGGUCUAAGUGGGAGGAAGAAUGUUUGGAAUAUCCCAAAGGAACUGUGUGAGAAAAAUGAUGAAAAGGCAACCAUUGUUGUAAGUGGACACCAUGGAAAACUUCACAUCGAUGGCUUAAGACUCAUCAUUGAUGAAGGUGGCAGUGUGCCCGAGGUUAAUCCUUUAGCUGCAAUUUUGCUUCCUUCCAUGAAAAUUGUUCGUGAUACUGAUAUCUUUUAAAUUCUCUAUGUCUUUUUAAUACUUAUGGGGAUAUAGUUAAUUUCAAUAUGUCUUUUGGAAUAAUGAUGUUAGUGUGGUUUCUGCUACCUCUUAGUCCUUGGAAUGGAUGUAUAUGGUGGAAGUUAUUGGAAGAGAGAUUCUAAUUUUUCUAAUAAAAUUAUAGUACUUAUUAUAAAUAUUUGAUAUAUAAUAGA